AUGUCAGGUCAAGCGGAGUCAUCGUCUGCUGCGGCAAGAAAAGCUCUCAAUACUAGCAACGGUACAACGCCCGAUUACGAACUGCCAUGGGUGGAAAAGUACAGACCUGUCUAUCUCGACGAUGUUGUUGGCAACACGGAAAUCAUCGAACGGCUCAAGAUUAUUGCCAAAGAUGGAAACAUGCCGCAUGUCAUCAUUUCAGGCAUGCCUGGAAUCGGGAAGACGACAUCCGUCUUGUGUCUUGCGCGUACACUUCUGGGCGAUGCGUACAAAGAGGCCGUGCUGGAGUUGAACGCGAGCGACGAAAGAGGCAUCGACGUCGUUCGAAAUAGAAUCAAAGGAUUCGCCCAAAAGAAGGUGACGUUGCCUCCUGGGCGGCACAAACUGGUCAUCCUCGACGAAGCAGACAGCAUGACAGCUGGCGCACAACAGGCUCUGCGAAGAACCAUGGAAAUUUAUUCCAAUACCACUCGCUUCGCCUUCGCCUGCAACCAAUCAAACAAGAUCAUCGAACCUCUGCAAUCGAGAUGCGCAAUCCUGCGCUUUUCUCGCCUGACGGACGCGCAGGUGGUGAAGCGCUUGAUGCAAAUAAUCGAGGCUGAAAAGGUGGAAUACUCCGAGGACGGCCUGGCCGCACUCGUAUUCAGCGCCGAAGGAGACAUGCGACAGGCCAUCAACAACCUGCAGAGUACGUGGGCAGGAUUCGGGUUCGUCAGCGGGGACAACGUGUUCCGGGUGGUCGACAGUCCGCAUCCGGUCAAAGUACAAGCCAUGAUCAAGGCAUGCUGGGAGGGCAAGAUCGACAGUGCAGUCGACUCGUUGAAGGAAUUGUGGGAUCUGGGAUACUCCUCACACGACAUCAUAAGCACUAUGUUCCGAGUCACGAAAACCAUCCCCACCUUGUCGGAGCACUCGAAGCUCGAAUUCAUCAAAGAGAUUGGCUUCACCCACAUGCGCAUUCUCGAGGGUGUGCAAUCUUUUCUGCAACUGAGCGGUUGUUUGGCGAAAUUGUGCAAGAUCAACAUGAAGCCCGGACUGUUUGAGGUGCCAGCAUGA